AUUUAAGAUACUUAUACCGUUCAAUGUUCUUGUUGCUAAGUGCCGCCUGCAUCUAGCUUGAAUCGUGGUAGGAGUAUCGGCCUACAAUGGGUGACGCACAGGCUCUUUUCUCGGCUUCACUUAUCUCACCGGAUAUCAUUCACUCUCUACCAGAUGGCUUCGCGAUCCGUCCGUUAGAGAGAGGCGAUUAUGGCAAAGGGUUCUUUGACUGCCUGCGCGUCCUUACGUGGGUCGGAGAUGUUAGUGAAGUAGACUUCAUCGAACGCUUCGACGAAAUGGUGGAGUCUACGGGUACAUAUUACUUUGCGGUCAUCGAGCAUGAGAAUCGCAUCGUCGGAACAGGCGCCUUAGUGAUAGAGAAGAAGUUCAUCCAUGGUCGCGGAAAAUGCGGCCAUAUCGAAGAGAUUUCGGUGGCCAAAGAGCACCAGGGGAAAGGGCUCGGUCUGAAGAUGAUUCGAGCUUUAGACUCGGUGGCUGUCAAUCUAGGCUGCUACAAGAAUAUACUCAAUUGUGGUCUACGUAAUGAGCCUUUUUACGUUAAGUGCGGGUACCAUAACUCUGGCAUAGAAAUGUCGCGCUACUUUGAGGCAGAGCGUGAUGAUUACCAUCGAGGCUGAGAGAGAGAGAGAGAGACGGUGGAAGCGCGAAUAUCAUAGGGAGGGUAAAUGUCAAAGAGGGCUUCUCCCUCUUCCUAGAUACCUAUCUAUAUCCCGAGAGGAACUUUACUGGUAAUAAGAAGGGGGUGGAGAGGGGGGGUUGCUGCUCAAGACUACAUACAUAAAUGUUAUAUUCUCAUUCAACAUGAUGCCAUUGGUAAUAAGACGCGAAAGCCUCUGGAG